UGCAUCAGGCUUUGGGACGCGGAACUUGGACGGUUUGUAAACAAAGCAUUUGAAAAGUGAUACAAAUUGAGUUUCCUUUGAACUAUCUGAACAUGGAAGUAGAACUUUCUCCUGGUGUAGUGAAUUCUUGCAACGUUGCGAGAAAGCGACAAGCGGCUCAAGAGAGUGGUUCAGAAACACGAUUGAAGAAGCGACCAUGUCUUGAAGACUGUUGUUGGAGUCUGGAAAAUGCCUGCAAUGUGGAAUCAGAGAACAGAUCAUUAAGUUUCACACAGCCCGUGGUUAUUUCACAUCAACGACCUGAUGAUAAUUGUUCUUCAUCAUUUUAUCCUGACACUGCUACAUGCAAUGGACACAGCCACAAAGACAUCAACUGUAACUUAGUGAAUCAAGAAAAUCAAUUUCAGGAAAUGGACAUUUCAUAUGAAUCAACAACAACAACAAGAAGUAGAGAACUCCAUCAGCAGACCUUUCCUGUCCCAUCGUUAUUAGCUCAAUAUGAUUCAUCCUCAGCAUCUUGCUUGCGUUGCUUGAGAGGAGAACCGGGACACAUCAACCACCUGACCAUUUGAUUUGCAGUCUUACAAGUGUUUUGUUUACUUUGAUAAUCACAUGUACAAAGAAAAUUGCAAUUUUAACUAUCUUAUGUAUAUUUUCAUGUAAUUACUUGUCUUAAAUGACUGUCUAGUUUUACUCAGUGCAAGACAAUUUUUCUGUAAAUAAAACAGACAUCCAUGAUUAAAUCCAAAAUCGAAAAUUA